AUGGCAUCCAUGGUGAAUCCAUGUGAUUCUACUAUCCCUGCUAAUAACACCAGCCAUUUGGUACAGUUUAACCCAAGUUUCCAACUUCCCCUCAAACUUACUGGUCCAAUGAACUUUGUCAUUUGGAAAGCGCAGGUCGAAUCUCUUAUGUUCGUUCAUGAUCUCUACUGCUAUCUCAAUGGAACCUUGACAACAGCAUCAAAAAUGGUAACCCUCAAUAACCAAGAGGUACCCGAUCCAAAGUACAAACUCUGGUUUCGCCAAGUCCAGUUGAUACGCAAUGCCUUAAUGGCAUCUAUUGAUCCUACAAUCACCUCUGCAAUCGCCAAAACUUCCACCUCAAAGCAAGAGUGGGACACACUGCAUAACCUGUAUGCUAACAAAUCACAUACAAGGGUUUUUAGUCUCGGAAACUCUCUGGCUACCAUCACAAAAAACUCUCGCAGUAUGACAGAGUACUUGCGCGAGAUCAGGAAUGUUGCUGAUGAACUUGCAACAAAAUUCUCAGCGGUCUAG